AAAACGAACACAGCGCAUGCGCAAUAGCAGGACAACAUAACCUUUCUGUCAGUGUUGCCGUUGUUUGUGUGCUUUAAAUUUCCACCACAGCUCACAGAAUUACACUUUAAUUAUCUAAAAUUGUAGCAUAGAUAAACGAUAACAACGCCCCCCUGUCAACUUCCGGCUGCUAGCUUGUUUUGUGCAGCUGUAAAUCAUGUUUACCUCCCAAACAUCUUCCUUCCAAGAUUCAAUUGACGUGGAAGAGAGGGACGACUUUGACAGCGACGACAUCAGUGGAUACAGCCAGAAGAUUCAGCUGAACUGCUACUACACCAUCUACCUCUACCAAGGCACCAGAUCUGAGACUACUGGGGAAAAUGUGGCAUGGAACCAGCGAAGAGCAGACUCCACUACCAGUCAGGAUGACUUUAGCCUGACACUCAUUGACAGUAGCCUGCCAUCAGAGGCAGAACCCGAGCUGCGAACCUACAUUUCUAGGAGGCUGAGCAAAGGAGCCCUGCUUGGAGGCAUGGGCAACAUCGCCACCGUGGAACUCAGCAUCCCAGAACAGGCAGUGGGCUGCUACUGCUGCCUCCUGGAGCAGGAAAAGUCCCCUGAACAGCCUGAUGCUGAUGGAAAUGGAUAUGUCAUCUGCUUUAUGGGGGGCUCUGAGAAAGGACUCAACUUAUUCAGAUUAGAGCUUGAUAAAUAUGUCCAAGGCCUGCACAGCAGCCUUCAAACCCCUGAGCUACAAAACCUUGAAACAGAGGUGCGUCCCUAUCUGAGCCGUUGGUAUGAGGAGUCUGUGUUGCACAUUUAUCGUGUGGUGCAGCUGGUCCAAAGCAACGUUAGCUUCCUGCUGCAUGCAGCUCUGAGUCACACACAUGUGGAAGUCAUCAAUUCAGAUGGGAGGACUAAGGCUGACGUGUCCAGAUUCAUUAAAGCAGCCAGUUUGCAGGGUCUGUCCCAGCAAGACACCACAACAGCCUCUCUGUGUAAGGCCAUGUCAGAAGACGCGCAGUCUGACCUGGUCAUAGACUGCUCCUCCAGCCCACCCACACUCUCCAACACUGCCAGUAAUCGAUUUUGUGAUGACUGGAUUCAGGCGUUUCUAAAUGCAGCAGAACACUGUAAUCCGUUCCUGCUUAGGCAGAUUCUGGAAAACUUUAAGCUCAAGGCUAUCCAGGAUAUGAAUAGUCUGAAGCGCUUCGUGCGGCAGGCAGAGAUGAGCCAUUACGCCCUGUUCCGCUGCUGUCAGUUCCUACAGGGCUGCGGAAACGGCGAUGUGCUGCUGCAGAAUGCGAGGGCAGAGCACAGUGACCUGCCUGAAGCCUGCAGCAUCAUCACUGUUCUGGAGGAGUUCAUCAGGGAACAGGCCCAGGCCGGAGUUUAGUAACAAACUUAAAUUAAAGCUGUGCCUCCUGCGUGGGUCUAAUUAAUGGUGGGACCAACGGUUGUACCAGCCACAGAUGUGUUAAAUGAGUGCAGUUUGACACCACACACUACAUCCUACCUAAGAAAGAGGGAAUAUGAUUUAGAAGAGAAAACUAAUUUCUUAACUUGAAGAGUGGCGGGCAGAUGCUAACACUGUAAAACAGUGAGCACUUACUCCCAACAUUUUGCUAUUGAUCAUUAAGUAACUAAGUUACUAUGUUUAUAUUAACAAUCAACCUCAUUCACUGUUAAGUGAAGUCUCAGUGAAGGUGAGUUUCAGUCAGUGUGAAGGUUAAUUUGUCGUGUGAACUGUCCCAGUUUUCCAUAUGUGUAGAAUUAUGAACCAAAUAUUAUUACUAGCGUUAAAUGAAAGUAAUCCUAUUACAAAAUAGAUCCAGACUAAUGCUUGUGCUCAUAGUGUGUAUAGAUCAGCUGCUUAGUCUAAAUAUCUUUAUAAUUAUUUGUAAUUCAUUUGAUCUGAGAAUGCACAAAUCACUUUUAUGCCCUGCUUGUUACAUACGCCUUGUGUUUGCUUGCUCUUCACCCUGUCUAUUGAGUGAUAUUGGUUGAAGUGUACUCUGGAAAUGAGGUGUUGUAAAUAUAUAUGUAAUUAUAACCAACACCUUCACAACCUCCACCAGCCCAGGACUUAAAUAAAGACAGGCAAGAGAAGAAUAAAAUUAGAUUUGCUGACAUGUUCUGUACAGUUUUGUUGCAUGGUUUAUUUUACUUGUCUCAUAUUCCAAAAAAUGGUCCUUUAACUAUUCCCAUUAAAACCAGUCCAAAGUGAGUAUUUGAGCAAUAUCCAUAUUGGUGGUGGCUGCUUUUAAACUGUGAACCACUUGUAUGUAAAUGAGAGUUUCACUGUUAUUGAAUCAUAAUGUGAGUGAACCAGAGAGUUUUCUCUCGGUUCAACUUACUGGUUGUUCUCUGUCUCGUUAAAUAAAACCCACCCAGACACUG